AUGGAGUCUCCGCCCAAAUUGGGACCUUCAUCUACCCCAGAAACCAAGGCAGGGAGUACUGGCAUAUUAGCUAUGGCACCUUCAUAUAUAGUAUCGUUUGGUGACGAAAACCGGGGUUACCAGAUGGGAGUCAAUUAUGGAUCGAUAUAUCCGCCCCCGGAGCAACCGGAAACUCCACCAACCCCUCUAUCGACUGUCCCGUUCCGUCGUGACCCAGACUUUGUCAGUCGCGACUCACUGCUCGAUCAGAUACAUAAGAAGGUCUCAGUCCCAGGGUCUAGGAUAUCUCUUGUGGGCAUCGGCGGCGUCGGGAAAUCGCAACUUAGUAUCGAAUACUCUUAUCGAGUCCGAUGCCAAUCGCCGGCGACAUGGGUUUUCUGGGUCCACGCAAGUAACGCGGCUCGGUUCGAGCAAAGUUUCCGGGAUAUCGCCGACCAGGCCAAAAUUCCUUGGCGUCAUGAUCCAACAGUCAACAUAUUCCAACUGGUCGAAAGCUGGCUCCGGGAUGGCAAGAGAGGAAAUUGGUUACUGAUUCUUGAUAAUGUUGAUGAUGAUCGGUUCCUUCAGCAGCCCCCGGCAACGGGGCAGCAGGGUCUAAAGGUCGGCCAAAUCAACACCUCGACAAAGCCACUAUUAGCAUUUCUCCCCCGAAGCCAAAAAGGAUCAAUAAUGAUCACAAGUCGGAACCAAGAGGUAGCACUGAAAAUUGUCGAUCGCCAAGACAUCAUUAAAAUCGAACCAAUGAAAAAGGCCGAGGCGAUAGAACUUCUCCAACGAAAGCUGAGACUCCAAGUGGAAACCCCUGAUAUUGUGAACUUAGUGGAAGAACUGGAGUUUAUGCCACUAGCGAUCAUACAGGCAGCCGGCUAUAUUGCAAUAUCAGAGGAUCUUUUUCGAGGUUAUUAUAAGAUAAAAGGCGACGAUCCGAGCUCAGAGGAGACUACGCUCGAUUAUAGUAAGGAUGAUACGAAAAGUACACCCUAUUCUAGUGUGGAUCACAAUUUUGAGGAUGAUAUUACAACAUUAAGAGACUUUUCAUUUAUUUCUAUCAACAACGACAGCACAGUGUUUACGAUGCAUCGGCUAGUGCAACUUACCGUACGUAUAUGGUUGGAAGCUGAUGGACAUCUAGAGCGAUGGAAGGAACAAUUUAUUAUGAUCCUGUGGCAAAGGUUUCCUACAGGUGAAUUUGAAAACUGGGCAAAAUGUCAGUCGCUCUUUCCACAUGUGAAAUCAGUCAUGUCACAACGACCGGAAUCAGAAGAAUGUCUACGAAAAUGGGCUACGUUGCUUCACAAGGGGGCAUGGUAUGCACGGGGAAGCGGCAAAAUAGCAGAGUCAAUAGACAUGGCAUCUAAAUCGAGGAACGAAAGGGCGUCACUGUUUGGCUCAGAUGGUGAAGAGACCCUCGAUAGCACUGCGAUAUUAGCGAGCGUACACCGACUCCAGGGACGAUGGGAAGAGGCGGAGCAGCUCGAGGUGCAGGUCAUGGAGGCUCGCAAGACGAUCAUGGAGACUCUCAAGACGAAGUUCGGCGAGGAUCAUCCUGACACGCUUUCGAGUAUGGGCAACCUGGCGUUGAUAUAUAGGUGCCAGGACCGGUGGGAAGAGGCGGAGCAGCUCUUUGUGCAGGUUAUAGAGACGAGUAAGACGAAGCUCGGCGCCGACCAUCCUAGCACGCUAACGAGCAUGGGCAAUCUGGCGUUGACGUAUAGGUACCAGGGCCGGUGGGAAGAUGCAGAGCGGCUCUUUGUGCAGGUCAUAGAGACGAGCAAGACGAAGCUGGGCGCUGACCACCAUGAAACGCUGACGAGUAUAGGCAACCUGGCGUUGAUGUAUAGUUGCCAGGGCCGGUGGGAAGAGGCGGAACAGCUCUUUGUGCAGGUUAUAGAGAAGAGCAAGAUGAAGCUAGGCGCCGACCACCCUCACACGUUGACAAGCAUGGCCAACCUGGCGUCAACGUAUCAGGGCCAGGACCGGUGGGAAGAGGCGGAGCAGCUGUUUGUGCAGGUUAUAGAGAAGAGCAAGACAAAACUGGGCGCCGACCACCCUGACAUGUUGAUAAGCUUGGCCAAACUGGCGUCGACGUAUCAGCACCAGGGCCAGUGGGAAGAGGCGGAGCAGCUCUUUAUGCAGGUUAUAGAGAAGAGCAAGAUGAAGCUCGGUGCUGACUAUCCUUAUAUUUUGAUCAGCAUGGCCAAUCCAGGCGUCAACGUAUCAGAAUCAGGCACAUUGAUCAGCAUGGCCAACCUGGCGUCAACGUAUCAGAACCAGGGCCGGUUGGAAGAGGCGGAGCAGCUUAACGUAAAGAUCAUGGAGACGAGCAAGACGAAGCUGGGCGCCGACCAUCCUUAUAUGUUGAUCAGCAUGGCCAAUCUGGCGUCAAUGUAUCAGAACCAGGGCCGGUUGGAAGAGGCGGAGCAACUUAACGUAAAGGUCAUGGAGACUUUCAGGACAAAGCUCGGCGCCGACCAUCCUAGCACGCUGGCAACCAUGGGCAAUCUGGCGUCGAUCUAUAUGCGCCAGGGCCGGUGGCAAGAGGCCAAGCGGCUCGAGGUGCAGGUCGUGGAGAUGAGAAAGGCGAAACUCGGCGCUGAUCAUCCCGAAACACUGACAAGUAUGCACAAUCUAGCUCACGACCUUAGGUCUUUGGGCCAAAACACAGCCGCUUUGUUGUUGAUGGCCGACUGUGUUCGACUUUGUGACCGAAAACUAGGCCCUGGCCAUCCGCAUACCAUGUCUUCCAAGUCUACUUUAAACAAAUGGAGUGGGGAGGGUGACACUGGCGGAGACGGUGGGCGCACAAUCUUCUCGCGCCUCUUUAGCAGAAAUUAA